CAGAGCACGGCGGUACUGACUGCUGCACACAAACAAGACUUUCUGUCAUGUCAGUCAGUUACUGGUAGUCCUCUCUAACUUUACCAUACCACAACGUCUGGACUUGACUGAUUCGACGGCACAGCUAUGUGCAGCUGUGUGCGGAGCUCCAGGGCUCUGUCCCCUGUGCUGCUCCCCAGGCUGCUGCCUCCUCAGGCGGGGUACAGAUUGGCCGGCAGGGGACUUUGGACCUCCCCGCACUGUAUGGCUGUCAGUGGAGACUCUCAGCCGCUCCCACUGCCCAGUCAGGCCCGUGUGGUGAUCUGUGGAGGAGGUAUUGUGGGAACAUCAGUAGCCUUCCACCUGGCCAAAUUGGGCUGGACUGAUAUAGUGCUGCUGGAACAGGGCAGACUUGGGGCGGGAACGACCAGACUGUGUGCUGGCAUUGUCAGUGUGGCAAAGCCUAUUUCCAUUGAGUGUAAAAUGGCAAACUACUCUAAUGGUCUUUACCAGCAGCUGGAGGAGGAGACUGGGGUCAAAACAGGGUAUGUGAAGACAGGGUCUUUGUGUCUGGCCCAAAAUCAGGAUCGCUUCCUCUCUCUGAAGCGCCUGGCAUCCCGACUAAAGGUAAUGGGGAUCAGCUGUAACAUCAUUAAUCCAAAAGAGGUGGCCAAACUCCACCCUCUUGUUAACAUCCAUGAUCUGGUGGGGGCACUCCACCUUCCUGCAGAUGCUGUGGUGUCUCCACCUGAUGUUAACCAUGCCCUGGCCGUGGCUGCUGCUGGGCAUGGGGUUCAGAUCCUGGAUCGAACCACUGUCCAGCAGGUUCUGGUAGAGAAGGGUCAAGUGAUGGCAGUUGAGACUGAUCGUGGCUCCAUUGAGUGUGAAUAUUUCGUCAACUGUGCUGGACAGUGGGCUUAUGAGCUGGGCCAGGCUAGUGAGACGAAGGUGUCGGUUCCUCUUCAUGGCUGUGAACACUUCUACCUCCUCACCAAACCUCUCCAGGAGCCACUUCCACCCAGCACACCAGUGGUGAUCGAUAUGGACGGCAGGAUAUAUGCACGACCAUGGCAGGGAGGCAUUCUAUCAGGGGGCUUUGAGAAGAACCCCAAACCCAUCUUCACUGAAGGACGCAACCAGCUGGAGAUCCAGAACAUGCAGGAGGACUGGGACCACUUCGAGCCAAUGCUCAGUGCCUUGCUGAGGAGAAUGCCGAAUCUUGAAUCAGCUGAGAUCCAUCAGCUGGUCAACUGUCCAGAGUCCUUCACCCCUGAUAUGCGCUGCCUGAUGGGAGAGACGCCAGGUGUCUCGGGCUACUACGUGCUGGCAGGGAUGAACUCCUCUGGCCUGUCCUUUGCUGGGGGAGCUGGCAAGUACCUGGCAGAAUGGAUGACCUAUGGCUACCCCACAGCCAAUGUCUGGCCGCUAGACAUCAAACGCUUUGGCAACCUGCAGAGCAGCCGAACUUUCUUGCGACACAGAGUAAUGGAGGUCAUGCCCCUGCUGUAUGAACUAAAGGUUCCUCGGUGGGACUUUCAGACUGGGCGUCAACUGCGGACCAGCCCUCUGUAUGAUCGUCUGGACACCCAGGGAGCUCGCUGGAUGGAGAAACAUGGUUUUGAAAGGCCCAAAUACUUUGUUCCCCCAGGAAAAGAUCUGCUGUCUCUGGACCAGAGUAAGACCUUCUACAAGCCAGACUGGUUUGACAUUGUUGGAGCAGAAGUGAAAUGCUGCAAAGAGGCUGUCUGUGUCAUCGACAUGUCCUCCUUCACCAAGUUUGAACUUACUUCAACAGGGGACCAGGCCCUGGACCUGCUGCAACAUCUGUGUGCCAAUGACCUGGAUGUUCCUGUUGGACACAUCGUCCACACCGGUAUGCUGAAUGAGAGGGGAGGCUAUGAGAACGACUGCAGCGUGGUCCGCCUCAGCAAGAACAGCUUCUUCAUCAUCUCUCCGACAGACCAGCAGGUCCACUGUUGGUCCUGGAUAAAGAAACACAUGCCUAAUGACCCACACCUCCACCUAGAGGAUGUCACCUGGAAGUACACUGCUUUAAAUCUGAUUGGACCUCGGGCAAUGGAUGUUCUGGCUGAGUUGUCAUAUGUUUCUAUGACACCUGAUCACUUCCCCUCCAUGUUCUGUAAGGAGAUGAGUGUCGGCUAUGCCAACGGGAUCAGAGUGAUGAGUAUGACUCACACUGGUGAACCAGGUUUUAUGCUCUACAUACCUAUAGAGUAUGCUCUGCAUGUGUACAAUGAGGUGAUGUCAGUGGGUCAGAAGUACGGGGUUCGUAAUGCAGGGUACUACGCACUGCGCAGCCUACGCAUAGAGAAAUUCUUUGCCUUCUGGGGUCAGGACCUCGACACCUUCACCACCCCGCUGGAAUGUGGACGAGAGUUCAGGGUUAAGUUUGACACGGACACUGAUUUCCUUGGUCGUGAAGCCUUGAUGCAGCAGCGUCAGGAGGGUGCGUCUCGGCGAUUCGUCAUGCUGGUUCUAGAGGACCACGACACUGAGCUGGACCUGUGGCCGUGGUGGGGCGAGCCCAUCUACCGUAACGGUGAGUUAGCUGGGACGACCACCAGCAGCGCCUACAGCUACACUCUGGAGCGCCACGUCUGCCUCGGCUUCGUAUCUCCACCGCCAGGCCCAGAGGGGCUUCCCACUCCCAUCACCCCAGACUUCAUCAACCGUGGCGACUACGAGGUGGACAUUGCUGGCCAGCGGUACCCAGCCAAAGCUAAACUCUACCCCUUCAGCUCCCUCUUCACCCAACAAAAACGCCGCAAGGAAGACUUGGAGUUGAGCAACCUCCAGGGGAAGUGAUGCGAAGUAAUAGAAUGCCUCUCUUUUGCUUUGGUAGAGGCUUCUGUGACACUCCUUCAGUUCACCAAAUCCACUCCCGCACUUACCUGGAAGUGCCAACCUGUCGUCCCUUCUCUAGCUCCUAAUCAGAGGGCUGUAUGCACAAUCACUCCAUGUCUCUCUAAUAUUGAACUCCCACGCUGCAUCUCCCUCUUUCAAAGUGCAAUAAUUAAAAAGCACCAAAUGCUCGAGCUGUAUCAAAUACAGCAAAACAACAGUACGCCUGUGUCGUCAGAUCCUGUAGUUGUUUUCAGUCAUGCUUCACACUCAAACAAGGUCCACAGUUUACAGGGGACAGUCUGCGGUUAAGUGCCUUUGUCAAGGCAACAUCAACAAUAUGUGUUGGAGGACUCUUUCACUUCGUUCACUUUAACCCACCCAGAAGGGAUUUAGACCGACAAUCUCCUCCAGCAGCGCUCCAGUCAUUGUAACUGUUCAACACUGCACAGUCUGGAAGAGUCUGAAAAAAAAUGUCAUUCAAUGCUGAUGUGCAAAUGCCUACACAGUCGAUGCAGUACUUGACGUUAUCGUCAUUUUACAAGUUGUAAUGUUGCUGCUGUAAAGCGUGAGUGAUGUGGCCUAAUUCACAUACUUUAUAUUGUUCACUACUAAAGGUAUCCUUCUCAGUCAGGGGAAGGAGUGAUGAAGCCUGAUGUAAUCAUUAGUAAACCAUUGUUUUCCUCCUUUAGUCCUGUUGAAAAGGCUCCCAGGCUCUAUAACAUCCUCAAAUGAUCUUUUCCCACUUGAUUUUGUCAUUAUCAUCGAGCUGUUCCGCUGUUAUUCUGCUGUGUGUUGAGCUUGUGGUAAUGUAUUUACAGUAUAAUAAUAUAAUCCACCCUGUUAUUUAUGUAUGUGGUCCUUUUUGAGGCAGCGUUGCUUUUUUGAUUGUCAAGUUUUCAUUUUUGUGUAGUUGAAUGUGUGGCUGAUGUUCGGUGACCCACAGAUGGGGGGGGGGUAGUAUAGGGAAGUGUGCGACUGGAGCUGUAUUCCAGACAUCUUACAUUGUUGAUUUUUUUUUUUUUUUUUUUUGCCUGGUCCAGAGUUCUGAUGUUUGUGAAAAGGAAGGACCUCAUUGCUUUGUGAAAUAAUGCAGUGUAUUUUUGUAUAGCUAGUGUGUAUAAAAUCUCUAUUUUCAGUACUGCACAUUUUAUCUAGCCAAUCAGCUUUAAGUCAUAUCAGCUGUAUAAAGCAUCUGUGCUUUGGUUGGUUGUUUCAUUCUUGCAGACGUCCCCCUGAUUUUGCGUCACUUCAAAUACUGUUCAGAACUAUUCUGUCCAUGUAAAUGUCAUCUGUCAGCCACAGCUUGAUGUUUUCCGACAUGUGCAUUCAUAUUCACCUUUUCAGUCAUUUGAUCCUUUAACCUCUUGCCCCCUUCAGAGGUUAAAAGUCAGGGAGGGCUACAGAUCAGCGUGGAGCUGGUCGUGCUUCCCUCCAGCACUGUUGUUGUGAAUAACAAUGUUGAGAUCAGUUUAAAGUUGAAUUCAUCCAGCCAGUCACAUCAUACUGGGCAAAUAGACACUUGAGUGUUUGAUCAGUGUGUGAGGACUGUGUGUUUCUCGUUGUCAAAAGGCACCAGUGUUCCCCUGCUGGGAAAGUGAAAGCUAGCCUGACCAGCUGAACGCUUGAGCGAAACCGCCCUGUUGCGCAGUACAGGUGCUUCUGAUGCUCCUUCAUAAUCCUGUCAUAUUCAGAUUUGGAUGCAGAUUGUUUUACUUGUUACUUCCAGCAUUUAGAAAUGUGCUUGAGGAAGGCUGCACAUGCGAAAAUGUGAGGGAAACUAUAAACAGAAGGAGUCCACUGUAAUAACUCCCAGUGUUUGAGUAGACAGAUAAGUAAACUGUCAGUUGAGUCACAAAAGGCUUAUCGACAGUGUAUCUCCAACUCUGUCUAUACCUGAAUUUAUAUAAAUGGAAAUGUACAAAUUGGUCCUUUAACUAUUGGCUUACUUGGAAUAGAAAAUCUUUGACCUUUUGUGUACCUUUGUAAGGGGAGAAAAUGGCUUCCUCUUUAAGUUUGGAUGUUGCAGAAGAUCAGACAUUGUGUUGACAAAACAAUAAUAUGAAACGCCCCACCAAACCUUCAGACUUGUUUCAAUCCUACUAGUUUAUUUUUUUUUAUUAUUUUGCUAACAUCGCAGGCUUUUCCACUACAAAUGAUGCACUUACAUAGGGAUGAAUACACAAGUUGAGUUAGUGUAUGAUAUACUCAUUAGAUUCUGGUGUGACGUAUGAAGUCCUGAUGGAUCCAGAAAGAAGAAACCAGCUGCAACAGUGAGUCAGAUGUUGCUUUCAAAGGGCUAAUUUCUCAUUGUGUGUGUUAUGUUUGUAAAUAUUAAAUGAAGCAUAAUACAUGUGAGAGUGCGGUGAAUCAUUGUGAGUCUUUGUGUCAGAGUACAGUUACUGUGGUGCUGUGACCUGACCCUCCUGGUCCUGUAGUACCAACAACAGUGUUACUCUGCUAUGACUUUAUGUGGUAAACCUUUGCGUCCUCAUCUAUUCAAGAGUCGUACACAUUUUACACUUAUCAUUUCUGUUUUCUCAUGUCAGUGUUGUAUACAUAAGGUCCCACUGAUAAUAACAGUUUAACUGAAGGGGCUUAUGAUUAAUGGCAUCCCUCAAGUCCCUGUAUCCUCACUGAAAGCUUCAUGUCCAGUAGCUGUGAGGACGCCUCUGGCUUUGGUGUGAAGGUGUCUGAAACACAUCGCUGCAAAAACAAACUGCUGUUGACACUGAUCACAUGACCUAUUAGGUCAUAUCAGCUGUCGCCAUUUUUCUGUUUCUCACCUGUCAGACUACAUUUUUGAGUGUAUGAAGGGAAAUGGCCCCGACCAUUUGCACUAAACAAAAGCAGCCUGCUGUUGUCUUUUUUUGUUUCUUUAUAUGCUUACAGGCUUUCUAUGGGAAUCUGGAAUUUGAGUUUUCUUGUAUUUCAAAUGUAAAACAAACCCCCAACCCUACAAACACUACAGUACUUGGUGCAGCGAGCACUCCUGCUCCACAUCAAGUGUAAUGUAAACCAUCCAAAGAGUUUAAAGGGACAGUUCAUCCCAACAUCAAAAAUAGGUUUUUGCCCUCUUAUCUGUAGAGAUAUUUGUCAUUCUAGAUUGAUAAAUGUUACUACAGGUUUAAGGGGAAAUAGAUAUAUAUAUAUAUUUUAUUUGAGGGUUAACUGUUUCUGUCAGGAAAAAAAUAGUGAACGGUAAAAAUGCAGUGUUGGUGAAGGUCUGGAAAAGCAUGUAAAGAAAAGUCUGUAGUAAUGACUACACAGUAACACUCCACAUCCUUGGUGAAUGGUUUGGUGCAUGUUUGUCCCUCAGUUAAUGUCUCCAUAUUAACACCUCUUGUACUGGACUGACCUGUAUGUAUGUUUCCGUCAGAGCUUUACAAACAUGUAUUUAUACCAUGUUAAAGAUGUUUGGCUGUCUAAUGUACUUUAAAUAAAAUAUUAAGAGAAUUCAA